CUCUGUGAAAGGCAGUUAAGGUGUGAAUGUCGCUGUUAUUUCCUUGAUGAAUGUCAGUAUUUUUCAACAACAUCUUACUAUAUGGGAGGAAUGAAGAACAGAUGAUGAUGGAGACUUCCAUGGCGGCUACAGCAGUACAUCAGCUGCUUAACUCCUUGUUUGCUUGUCAGAUCCAGCUCUGCUUUGCAUACGGCUGCGGAGGAGCCAGUAUUUUCAUAUGAGAUAAAUAAUUCCACAUUGGGAACACUGGGCUGUUCUUGUGUUCCUGCUUUGGGGAAAGGAAGAUUUUCAGUUUUAUUAAAAGCACUAUAAGAGCAACAGCUACCACAGGGCUGGUAUGCAUUUAUGCAAUUACUAAAACUAAACCUUCAAGCCUGCUGGAGCUCUGUCAGGAGAAACCAUGGGAGUGAACAAUGGAUCAGCUCUGGUGGAGGAAGAACAACAGGAAACAGCUACAGACAAAAGCUGGAUGGGUCAGUACAGACAGCUGGCUCAUUACUUCUCUCUGCUGUGCUUCCUGCUCAUCAUCGUCACUCUGCUCCAGACCCUCUGCUUGGUUCAGAUCACCUUGGUGUCCCAGUCCCAGUCCACCCUGCAGGAAACCAAGCUGAGAGAUGUGACACACAGACUGGAGAAGCUCAACCAGUCGUACCGCCUCCUGUUCUCCCAGUAUCCCGCUCUGAACCAGUACUGCCCGGUCAGCAACGCCACCACCGGGGAGAGGGCGUGCAGACCGUGUCCAGCCGGCUGGACGCUGCAGGGAGACAAGUGUUUCCUGUUCAGUCAGGACAGGGCGGACUGGCUCAGCAGCCAGUACCGCUGCAUGGCCCUGGGGGGCGCUGUGGCCACGGUCAGGACGGAGGAGGAACAGUUGUUUCUGUGGCAGAAGGCCCAGAGUCUGAGCCAGGGGGACUCGUACUGGCUGGGCCUGAGGACGAGGGGGGAUGGCGGGGGCUGGCAGUGGAGCAACGGCUCCCCGGUGGAGCAGGGCCCCGGGUUCUGGGAGCGCGAGCCCGACAGGACGGACAGCAGGGAGCUGUGUGGGCGUCUCACACCCGGAGACAACUACAGGAAGAGCUGGUUCACCUACAGGUGCUCCAACCUGCUGAAGAGGAUCUGUGAGAGGAGGCGAGCUACGCUGCAGUGAGAGGAGGGGAGGGGAUAGGAGAGGAGGAGAGGAGAGGAGAAGAGAGGAGAGGAGAGGAAACA